AUGGGGUGGGUUUUGUCCACCAUAAUAUGGAUUACUAUAUGGAGUUGCCUCUUGCGGGGCUUAGAAUUAGCUCCACAGACAUCUCCAAAACAAAUUCCAUGUGAUAAAACAAGAAAAGUUUUUACUGAUUCUUGGGGAAUUAUUAGUGAUGGACCAUUGGGCUCAAAUUAUACUCAAGAUUCUCAUUGUGAAUGGCUUAUAAAAGCAAAUAAUAGUCGACAAUUUAUUACUUUAAGUUUUCGUACAAUGGGAACAGAAUGUAGCUAUGAUUAUGUUUUUGUUUAUGAUGGAGAUUCUUUCCGAUCUCCUCUUUUAGGCAGUUUCAGUGGUAAAACUGAACCACAACAAGUAACAUCAUCAUCUGGCUAUAUGUUAAUACUAUUGUACAGUGAUACAAACUAUGUUUUGGAUGGUUUCCAUGCAGAAUUUUCAGUUACAAAUUGUUCAAAUAAUUGUACAAAUCAUGGCAAAUGUAUUGAUAAUACAUGCUUUUGUGAGGAUGAUUGGGGUGGACGAGAUUGUUCUAGAGCUCUUUGUCCAAAUAAUUGCAGUUAUAGUGGAAAAUGUGAUUUAAAACGAUGUCACUGUCAAAAUGGAUAUUCAGGACAAUCUUGUUCAUUACAUAAAAUGCAUCCUGAAGGCAACAAAUGGCACUGGCUUUCUCAUUCAGAAGGUGGAUUAAGGCCACGGGCAGCACAUACUGCAGUUUAUAUAAAAGAAACUGAUUCUCUUUAUGUUUUUGGUGGCUAUGAUCUUAAUUAUAUACUUGAUAAUUUGGAAGUGUAUCGAUUUAAUAUAAGUCAAUGGGAAGACGAAUAUGGUAAUGAAUUAGAAGGCAUCUCAUCUGCAGAACAUUUAGAUCCUAUACUUCUUGCUCUUGAAUUAAAAGGAACAAAUGCAGAUGAAAAAGAAUUAUAUGGUCUUCGUACUUCAUCUUUUAUAUGGAAAUUGCUUUCUGGUAUUAAAGAUAAUAAUAAUACCUUUAAUUCACGUAAUCUUGCAAAUGUAGAAAAAAGAUAUGGUUGGUCAGAAUUUAGGAUUGGAGAUCAUAAUGAUCGUGAAAAAAAAAUUCAUGAAACUAAAGAUAAUGAAACUAGUAGAAGUACAGUUAGAAUAGAAAGAAAUGAUGAUUUUAGAAAAAAACAUUCUAGACAUACUAGACCUCGAUAUGCACAAACUGCAAGACAUCGUAGAAAUCUUGAAAAUCUAAAUUUCUAUAAAAAAUUUCAUACUUCAAAUAUAAAAAGUGAUAUAUUAAAUUGGGAAGAGGAAAUUGCAGAAGAUUCUAUUGGAGAUAAUAUUUAUGUUCAAGAACCUAAAAUAAGAGACGAAUUAUUUAAAGAUGAAUCUACUAAAUCAUCAAUUGACAAAUUACCUAAACCAAGUCCGCGAUAUGGCCAUGCUGCUUGUAGAUAUGAUGGUGGUUUUGUUAUAUAUGGUGGAAAAGUACAAGAUGGUUCUUUAUCUAAUGAAUUAUGGUAUUACAAUGUUAAUACACGUUCCUGGACAUUAAGAGCAAAAAAUUCUCCAUUUUAUCCUCCACAAUUAACAAGACAUACACUUACUUUAGCAAAUAAUUACAUUUAUCUUUUUGGUGGUAGUACAGUUGAUGGUGAAUUUUCAUCAAAUUUAUAUAAGAUUAAAUUGAAUUUAUCUGAUCCUACAGCAACUACAGAAAAAUGGAAAGAAGUACAUCCUCGAGGAGGUAAAGAAUUAGAUGUACGUGUAGUUGCACAUUCAACUGUAUAUCAUGAAGCUACUAAUUCUUUAUUAAUUUAUGGAGGAGUAGUAGCUAGUGUAGCACGAUUUAGUAAAUUAUCAGAUAGAAUGUUUGUAUUUCAACUUGACAGAAAAGUUUGGUCUGAAAUUCAUUAUCCAAGAGCACAUUUAAGAGAUACUUAUGUUCCAAGAGAACGAGCAUUUCAUACCUGUAAUAUUAUAGGAAAUUACUUAGUUGUAUUUGGUGGAUAUUCUCAUAGACAUAAUAAAGAAGAAAUAUGUUAUGAUAAUCAGAUGUAUCUUUAUCAUUUAGGCUGUCACGCUUGGGUAAGCCAUGAUGUAUUAGGUUUAAAUGAUAAAGACUCUCGUUAUCCAAAACAACAGGGAGUAUUUGCACAUGCAGCAGAUGUACGGAAUGGAAAUACAUUAUUAUUAGUUGGUGGUUAUCAUGGAAAUGUAAAUGCUGAUUUACUUGCAUAUACAUUACCACCAAUGCUUGCUCCAGGAGAUGAAGAUAAUAUAGAACCUGAGCAAAUUUGUUCAAGACAUAAAAGUUUGAUGGAAUGUACAGCUAAUCCAGAAUGUGGUUGGUGUUCGGCAGACGAGAUAUGUUAUGGUAGGACUAUUGGUAGUAAUUGUACAACAAAUCUUCAAACGACGCGUUGUCUAGGUGUUUGUCCUGCGCUUGGAGAUUGUCAUUCUUGUUUAAUACAUGGUCAACCUGGUGGAGGAUGGGGUACAACUGCACGUGGAAAAAAGUCUGUGUCUAAUAAAUUAAAUCGCGGAACUUGUACUUGGUGUGUUCAAAAUGCACGUUGUCAUCAUAAAGAUGAUAAUUAUGGUGUUUGUGGACUUCGAGAUGAUACACUAUCUCAAAUACCGGGAUGGUGGGGAUCGAAAGGUACAGAAAUUAUAAAAGUUGAAGAAUGUCGGGAAAUGGAUAAAAGACCAGGAUUAACAUUUUUAAAAUAUAAACCUCCAGUAAAUUUUACUCAACCUGAUUCAGUUACGAUAGUUAAUGCUACUACAGUAGAUUUUAGUGUUCCAUCCAUGCAAGGAGCAAAAACAGAAUCAGCACUUGGUGGAGAAAUGAUUGCUAGAUUAAUUGGUUUUCUUAGACCACCUCAAGAUUUUUGGGAUAGCACAGUAGAACAUUUGAAAAUUUGUGUUAGUUACAAUAGUGCAACAUUACAUGUAUCAAGAAGUGAUGAUCCUCAAGAAUUGGAAUUAGUUGCAAAUUUAACUGCUGAGACAUCGCAAUGUAUUUCAACAAAAUGGCCAGAUGGACAUCAAAUGAUGUUAUUACCAGGUCGAUAUUUAUUAGAUUUCGAGUCAAAAAGAAUGGUUACUACCAGUAGUUAUGCAUAUGCUAGCAAAAUGGAAAUUACUCAUAACAAAAAAACUGAAAAUCCAAAAGUAUUUACAUUUGAAUAUCUCGAACCAUUUCAAAACGGUUCUUGUCAUCAAUAUAAAAACUGCCUCCAUUGUUUAACUGAUUCUUCAUGUGGUUGGUGCGAUAUUAUUAAUAAAUGUCUUUCACGUUCAAUUAACGAAACAGAAAGCUGUAUAGCUGAUGUAGAAUGGGAUGAAGAUAGAAAUCCUAUUCGCGAAUGGCAUUAUUUAACUAUAACUCCUUCAGCUUGUGCUAAUUGUUCUAAUUAUAUAUCAUGUGAAUCUUGUGUUGGUAGUAAUUUGUGUGAAUGGUGGACAGAAGAAGCUCGUUGCGCAAGAAUAGGUAGAUUACCUAAUGCAGUUAUUAGCUUUGAUCAAUGUCCAAUUCCAUGUAGACAACGUUCAAAUUGUACACAAUGUUUAGAUGAGCGUGGAAGAUGUGUUUGGUGUGAGGCCACACAAGAAUGUUUUUCUUUCUCAGUAUAUACAUCUGAAUAUCAAUUUGGUUUAUGUCGAGAAUGGAUGGAUCAGGCUGGUUUAAUGGGAGUAACAUCAAGGUCAGGAUCAUCCUUAACAGGCAAUGAUCAAUGCAAAAGUUGUACUCGGCACACAAAUUGUUCUAGUUGUUUACAUUCAUUGAGUUGUGGAUGGUGUUACAGUUUAGAAAAUCCUAUUAUAGGAGCAUGUGUUCAAGGAGAUUUCAAUCAACCACAUGUCAAUUGUAGUUUAAUUAUCAAUGAAUAUCAAAAUACAACUUUAGAGAUCGACGAAUCAGGUUGGGCAUAUGCUCAAUGUCCAGAUGUUGAUGAAUGUGACUUAGGUUUACAUGAUUGUCAUCUUAAUGCAGUAUGCACAAAUACUCAUGGUAGUUUUAGCUGUCAAUGUAAAAGAGGUUUUAAUGGAGAUGGCAAAGAAAAUUGUACUAAGACUUGUUAUGAAAAAUGUGUUAAUGGUUAUUGUAGUGAAGCUCCUGAUUAUAAAUGUGAAUGCAAUUUAGGAUGGACAGGACCAGAUUGUAGAAUAAAUUGUGGUUGUUAUAAUCACUCUACUUGCAUACAAGGACCAGGUAUUUGUGAUAAAUGUCAAGAUUGGACUACUGGUAGAUAUUGCGAAGAAUGUAAGGCAGGCAGUUAUGGUAAUGCUACAACACCUCUUGGAUGUAAAAAGUGCAAUUGUAAUGAACAUGGAGAUAAAGAUCUAGGAAUCUGCAAUCGACAAACUGGUGUAUGUUUUUGUCGUGAUAAUACGCAAGGGGAUAUGUGUCAACGUUGUAAGAAAGGUUAUUACGGCGAUCCAAGAGAUGGCGGAAUGUGCUAUUAUAGUUGUAUGUCCCGAGGAAUGCUUGGCGGAGAAGGAAAUGGCAAACAAGGUCUUGGCAGCAGACACUCACAAUUAUCAUUAUGGGAAAGUCAUUUUGGAGAUUCUCCAACAAGAGAGUGUCUUUGGAUAGUUAGUCCAAAAACAGAUCUUUCAUCAGACAACAUGCUCUCAGGAAUACAAAAUGUAAUACAAUUUACUAUACAUGAUGAUAUUAAUGUUAGUUGUCAAGAAAAUAGUGUUUAUGUAUAUGAUGGACUUCCCGAAUUUGUUUCAUCAGUGACUAGUCAUCAGAGUCAACUUUUAGGUGUUUAUUGUACAGAAAGUACAGAUUAUCCCGUUACUGUAGAAGCUAAAUCAGGAUUUCUUACUGUUCAUUAUAAACAAUUGGAUGAAGUAGAAGGCUUCAAUGCAAGUUAUUUAAUAAUGACUUGUAAUAAUUGUCCCGGAAAUCGGGAAUGUCGAAAUGGUAAUUGCUUAUGUAAAGCUGGUUUUGUAGGAAUCAAUUGCAAUAUUGAAAUAUGUCCUAAUAAUUGCACUUCAACUAAGAAACAAGGAAUUUGCGAUAAAGGUUAUGGCCGUUGUGUCUGUAUACCUGGUUAUGGAGGACGUGAUUGCUCAAUUAAGAUUAAAGAACAUCAAUUAAUUUUUACUGAAUUGUUUAACUCAGAAUAUUUAGCUGAUCAUUUGGAUCAUCUGAGGAAAACUUUACCACGAUUUGGUCAUACAUUGGUUGCUGAUAGAAGGGGUAGUUUAUGGAUGUUUGGAGGCUAUUCUCUUAGUCAUGGACCUCUAAAUGAUAUUAGACUUUUUGAUACUAAAAAUAACACAUGGAUGCCUAUUACUGUAGAAUCUACUUCAAAGGCCUCUAUGCCUCAAGGUAGAUACUUCCAUGCAACUGAAAUAGUUCAUAGUAAACAACAAAUAUAUGUUUAUGGUGGUUUGACAAUGAAACAAGAAGAUAUUCAAGGUUUAUCAAAUAACACUCUUAGCGAUUUUUGGAAAUUUAGUCUACAAAAUCAAAGAUGGAUGCAAAUCAUACAAGAUAAAUUUAAAAAAGAACCACCAUCUUUAGCUGGACAUACAUUAACUCUUCGUAGAAAUGGAGAAUCAGAAAGUCUAAUAUUAAUUGGAGGAUUCAGUCCUAAGUAUGGUUAUCUUGACACAGUAUGGGAAUUCAAUUUAGAAACAGAAGCUUGGGAUACAAUAAAUACAAUUGGAAAUGGACCAUUAGGAGUAUAUGGCCAUUCAACUGUAUAUCAUAGCAAGUCUGAUAGUUUUUAUAUUUUCGGUGGAUACACUUAUGCAAUAAAUCGAACAUUUAUUUCUAAUAAAUUAUACGCAUUGAAUUAUAAAACUCGUAUGUGGUCUGUACUUCCUCCAUUUGAUGAUGAUCUCACUGAUGGAAGUAGUUUGCCACAAGCUAGAUUUCUUCAUUCUGCUGUUACCACUGAUGAAUAUAUGGUGAUAUUUGGUGGUCGUCAAAAUCCACAUAAUACUUCGGAUUCAUUGAUUGCUUAUAAAUAUUCAUGUAAUUUAUGGAUUCGUUUAAUAACAAAAGAUAUGGAAGUUAUUGGAUAUCCACCACCUCCAGCAUAUGCUCAUGCAAUGACUCAUGCUGAUCCAGAAUCUAAUGCUGUAUAUGUAGUUGGUGGUUUUGAUGGUGGAAUUAAAAGUCAUGUUACUCUUAUAAAUAUACCGGAAGAUUUGUGUAAUCUUUGGACAGAUAAAAUAACUUGCAGAAAAUAUUUUGGAUGUUCUUUUUGUUCUGUUAUUACAAUUAGUGGAAAUAAUGCUUCAUUUUGUUUUUCUAAUGAAAUAUCAAUUAAUAAGGAUGAUAGAUGUGAUAUUAAUGUUACUCAAGCUCAACGAUCAAAUGGAAUCUUUUGUAAUUUAGAAUGGAUGAUGAGUAGAAAAUGCCAAAAUUUUAAAACUUGUACAGAAUGUUUAGCAGAAUGGCCAUAUUAUAAAAGUGAAGAACCAGUGUGUAAAUGGUGUACAAAUUGUCCAAAUGGAAAGUGUAUACCAUCUGAGAAAGAUUGCGACGAAUUAAAUAAAUGCAGUAUUAGACAAAUAUCAGUAACAGAUGUAAAUCAAUGUGGAGAACGUCAAUGUCCAGCAAGUGAUUGCGAGAAAUGUAAUAAUCUUGAAGGUUGUGUGUGGACAAGGCAGGUUUUAAAAACUUCUGAAUUGGGACUUGCAGUAACAGGAGAACCUGUCUAUGAUUGGAAUUGUGUACCAGAACAUAUUUUUGAAAGAUCAAGUAUUAAAAUGGGAAGUACGCAAUGUGAAAAACGAUGUGGUGAUCAUAAGGACUGUAAAAACUGUCUAAAAGGUACAGGAGCCGAAGGUGGUUGGCGAGAAUGUAGAUGGUCAACGCAACUUAAUGAAUGUAUUUCUCCAUCAUAUCAACCUCUGUACUGUGCUGGCGGUGUAUGUGGUUUAGUAUUACGUAGUUCUGAUAUGGAUCAUUGUCCUGAACCAUGUUCAGUUUUUAAACAAUGCAGUACAUGUUUAAAACAUUCACAUUGUGGUUGGUGUUCUUUUGAUUCAGCUAAUAUAACUGGUCAAGGAAUAUGUACAGAAGGUUCAUUAGAAGCACCAGCAGAUCAUCCAGCUGGUGGAACAUGUGAAAUGUUAUAUUAUCAACAAUUACCCACAGUUGAACUAAAGUUUCUAGAAAUCUCAGAUAAUGUUACAAUGUCAAUUCCAAAUGUGAUGUCGAAACCAAUAUUUUCUUGGCAUUAUGUGCGAUGCCCACCAGAAAAUGAAUGUACGAAUGGCCACCAUACAUGUUCCAUAAAAAGUGAAAAAUGUUUUGAUUUAGAAGAAGGAUUUGAAUGCAUGUGUGGCGACGGAUAUAAAACUGAAACUCCAUCAUCAUUUAAUGAAUUUGGAAGAAAAAUUUGCGUUCCAAUGUGUACACAAGGUUGUGUUAGAGGAACAUGCAUAGAACCAAAUAUUUGUCGUUGUGACUUCGGUUAUGUAGGUGCCAAUUGUUCCAUUCAGUGCCAAUGUAAUGGUCAUAGUAAUUGUGCAGGCCCAGAUAAAUUAGACGUUUGUUUAGAAUGUCAUAAUAAUACAAUGGGACCACAAUGUGACAAAUGUAGACCUUUAUUUGUUGGAAAUCCAGCAGAUAAUGGUCAAUGUGUACCAUGUCUUGAAUAUUGCAAUGGACAUACUCGAAUAUGUAUUAAUGAAAGCAUGACUGUACCGGAUCCAAAUUCAAUUGAAAAAAUGUCUAUAGAAUUACUAGAAAAACAAUUAGUCGAAGGCCCUGUAGCUAAAGCCAAAUGUGUAAAUUGUGGAAAUAAUACAAGAGGUGACAAAUGUGGUGAAUGUAUGACUGGUUAUUUCAGAGGAACAGAAGAUCUUCGUGAUAUAUGUCGAUCUUGUCAAUGCCAUGGACAUGGAUUCACUUGUGAUCCAGUAACAGGAGAAAAAUGCAAUUGUGGUAAUAAUACAGAAAGUGAUCCAACUUGUACUAGUGGACCUAUGAAAAGUACAAAUACUGGUAGUUCACCAUGUUGGAUGGUACAAUGUAGUAAAUGUAAAGAAAAUUAUGCUGGGACACCAACAAUGGGUCAUCAAUGUUAUAAAACUGUAACUGUUGACAACAAAAUGUGCUUUGAUUCUAAAUUAAUAGGAGGAUCUUAUGAUGAGUGUAAAAUGAAACCAAAACCAUUGAAUCCCGGUCAAACGGUAUUUUAUAUGGUACAGCCUCGUUUUAUGAAUGUUGAUAUUAGAGUUAUGGUGGAUGUUACACAAGGGGCUUUAGAUCUAUUUCUUAGCCCUCGAGAUGAUUCUUUUGUUGUUACAUUAAAUUCAACAACAGGAUAUCAAGAUGUUGAACUAGACAGUAGAUUUAUGUGGCGAAAAAAUUCACAUAAUAUGUGGUUAGAUGAACAGACUCGUAGUCAAAUGAGAUUAGUCGAAUUCCAACCUCAUAAUACUUUUUCAUUUGCUUUAAAUGGCACUACAACCGAACCGAAUUGGAAUACUGGUCCUCAGUAUAUUGUAAUGGAAAGAUAUGCAGAAGGUUUAGCUACAUUUUUAACAAUCGAGAAUAGAAAUACAUUUUUGGUAGUUAGAAAUCUUACGAAUCGGUUAGUGUUAACAUUACCACAAGACAAACAUGAACUUCAUGAAACAAAAUUUCACAUCGCGUUAAGAGCGAUUGAUCCUGUGCAUCCAGAAAUUAGUGGUCGAGCUGCUUACGGAAUGAUUUUCUUUCGACAGGAUCAACUUCAUAUUGAUUUGUUUGUCUUUUUCUCCGUAUUCUUCUCUUGUUUCUUUUUAUUUUUAGCCGGUUGUGUAGUUGCAUGGAAAACGAAACAAGCAGCGGAUGUUCGAAGAGCACGGAGAAGACAUGUUGUCGAAAUGUUGCAUAUGGCUAAAAGACCUUUCGCAUCAGCUACUAUCAUUUACGAUCGAGAUGGUAAUGACUGUAAUCCAAGCUCGCCUCAGCGAAAAAGCAGACGUAAUAAAUUAGUCAGCUUUCAUAGUGAUGUUAGACCUGUAGCAGUUGAACCUACUGAUGAUGGAGUUGCGGCUGUAGCCACUGUUUUCAUUAGAUUGCCUGGAGGUCGACAAGCUCCAGUUAAAUUAGCUCUUGGUAGCUCAUUAAUACUGUUAACUAGAGUUUAUCCAGUUAACAGUAGAGUGUUCCUAAGACGUAGAAACAGUCAUGCAUUGAACUGAUCUUCUUUCUAUAAAUAUUUGUUUCGGCUAUUUUUAAGUCUGUUUAUGCUCUCAAAAUUUAUAGCAAAAACAUGUAGCAUGUUUAUUUUUUACAAUUAUUAAUCAUUUUUUUGUUGAUCUCAUCUUUUUAAUCGUCAAUCUUGUGGUAUCAUAAUACAUAAAAUCAUUUUUCAAAUUGGAAAACUUUUUAUAGCAGAUAGCAUUUAUAUUUCUCGAAUUUAUAUAAGUUGAAUCGAUUUUCAAUCAUUGAAUUUUUAAUAAUAUUGUUUGUUUAUUGGCAUUAUUCAAUGUCUGCCAGUAAUAUGAAAUUUUAGUCGAAAGGUUGUAUUAUAGUUAUAGAGAAACACUUGUAAGGAUAUUUAAAUUAAAUGAUAAUAUAUAUACAUAUACACAAAUACAUAUAUAUUGUCAUACCAUUCCAUGACGAGACUGUAUGUUUGUAUAUAAAAAUCUGUAAUUUACACGAUUUUGUAGAAGCAUUUUAUGUAACAAGACAUGAUUUUAUGUCUUGAAACAUUUGUAGCUAUCUUCAGAGGAAAAUCAAUGAAUUUUGUUGAUAUUUUAAGAAAUUUUCUAUAACUAUCUAU